AUGCAAGUAACAAAUUUUCGAACCCAGAGAAUCCUGGUAGACAAUGGCAGUUCGGCUGACAUCUUGUUUUGGGAGGCCUUUGUAAAGAUGGGAAUCAGCUCGGACCGACUGCGUCCUACUCCAAUGCCACUCAAGGACUUCACGGGGGACAUCAUCCAACUGAUGGGAGCCAUCACCCUUUCAGGGCUGGCGAGGAAGGCUCCCAAGACUGUGGCCAUCAUGUCCGACUUCCUAGUCGUCAAGGCACGAUCCUCCUACAACGCCAUACAGGGGUGCCCCACCUUGAAUAGCCUGAGAGCGGUAACAUCCACUUACCACCUUAAAAUGAAGUUUCCCACCGACUCGGGAGUGGACGAAGUUCGCGGCGAGCAGGUCUUGGCCCGAGAAUGCUACGACCGAGAGCUAAGACAAGAGGUCAAACUAGUCGCAGCAGUCGAGACGGAAGGAGAAGUACCAAAGCUAGGUUCGCCCCCGCCCCUGACAGAAUGGGAUGAUGAGAUUCAUGACGAAUAG